AUGUUUUUCCCUUUCAUGUUUGGUAUUAUGUUUGGAGAUAUUGGUCAUGGUGGUGUUCUAUUUGUUUUAGCAUUCCUUUUAGUCAAAAAUGCUGACACUCUAAAAAAACUGCCUGAUUUUGCUGCUUUAGUUUAGGUUAGAUAUUUAUUCCUACUGAUGGGUUUGUGUGCACUCUAUUGUGGUAUUAUUUAUAAUGAUUUCAUGUCUUUGACUUGGAAUAUAUUUGGAAGUUGUUUUGAAAAUGUCCCUGAUUCUGAAGAAACUGUUUAUAUUAAAGGAUGUACCUACCCGAUUGGAUUUGAUCCUAAAUGGUACAUAGCAAGCAAUGAAUUGAACUUCUUCAAUUCUUUCAAGAUGAAGUUUGCAAUCAUUUAUGGAGUCUCUCAAAUGAUUUUUGGUAUUCUCUUAAAAGGAGUCAACAAUCUAUAUUUUAAAGAUUACUUAUCAUUUAUUUGUGAAUUCCUCCCACAAUUGAUAUUUAUGUGCAUAACUUUCGGUUACAUGGGAGUGAUGAUCAUGUUGAAAUGGGGAUAGAGUUGGGAAGGUAGAACUGAUUAGGCUCCAUCAAUCAUCAAUGCUAUGAUCAAUAUCCCUCUAUAAGGAGGUUCCACAGAAGGAAAACCAUUGUUUGACUUAGAGUCUCAAGAGUCUCUUUAAUAAUCUAUUCUAUUUUGGUCAUUCUUAUGCAUUCCUUGGAUGCUUCUACCUAAACCCAUUGUCGAGGUUAUUCAACACUACUCUGGAAAAGAGCAUGAGAAGAAGCCUUCAAAAGCACUUGAACCCAAAGAUGAAAGCAAGGAAGCCUUGUUGCCUGUUCAAUCGAGCCAAAAAUCAAUUAAUUAAAGUGCUUUGGCCGAAGAAUUAAGAUUGUAAUUAAUAUAAAAGGAAAAAGAGAAGGAGUAAAGAAGAAAACAAUUGGAAGAACAGAGACUCAAAGAGUAAGUAGCAGAAGAAGAUUUACAAAAUGAUUAACCAUAAAAAUUAUUACCUAAAUAACCAGAAAAGACUGGAGAACAUGGACAUGGACAUGACGAAUUUGAUAUUGGAGAACUUGCUGUACAUUAGAUUAUUGAAACCAUCGAAUUCGUUCUUGGUUCUAUUAGUAAUACUGCAUCAUAUUUGCGUUUAUGGGCCUUAUCUUUAGCACAUGGAUAAUUGGCUAAAGUGUUUUUCGAGAAGUGUAUUGGUGCAGGAAUUGAAGAUGGAAAUGUAAUUGUCUUAGUCAUUGGAUGGCCUGUCUUUCUACAUUGCACUAUUGGAGUUUUAAUGUGCAUGGAUCUUAUGGAAUGUUUCUUACAUGCUCUAAGAUUGUAAUGGGUGGAAUUCUAAAGCAAAUUCUAUAAAGCUGAUGGUAUUAAGUUUAUGCCAUUUUCAUUCAAAGAAGUUCUAACAAAUCAGCCAAAGGAUUAAUGAAUUAUUCAUGAACAUUUAUAUAUCAUACAAUAUUCUAUAAAAUUGUUAAAUAAA